CGCACGUGAACCCGGAAAGCUUAGUCGCGUCAUAGUGCCGUGCUGCCACAGCGUGAAACUCCAAUAAUUUCGCUUAAACGCAACGAAAAAGUGUUUAGCGCGUGUGUGUUGCAUACUUUACGGCGCGGCUAUAAAAUUCAUUGACUACAAACCCUCGCGUGCAUUUAACACACGGCACACAAAUUUUUAUGCGUAUGUGUGUAUGUGUGCUUAGCGAGGUGUCGUUGUGUUCGAAAAGUGUGGAAUUAUUAUGCGCGAACACACCACCGUGCCGAAUGUCUUUCGCGUUGCAUGCUCGCAAAAUGUGAAUACAAAGCCGCAAAUUCAUAAAAAUGUUGAUGAUGCGAAAAAGCAACAACAACCACAGCAACAGCAGCCAGCAGAACAAUCCGGGCAACAGCAAAAGCCGAAAAUAUUAGUUCAUACCUCAACUUUGACAAAUGCAACUACGUCGGCAACAACAAAGGCAAACAACAUCCGUGCCAACGGCGCAGUUGGCGAAUUAACAAGCAAACAACAACAACAAACAUUGUCCAACGACAACAACACGACUAGUGGAGGCAUAAGUAACGGCACGAAUACACACACAGACAGCACACAAAACACAAUGCAACCGUGCAACAUUACAAAUUCCGCCAUGUUGCACAAUCAUUCGUUGCAGCCGCAUAAACUCACCGCAACGGCGUCAAUUGAACGAGCGAAUUUCGGCGGCAGCGUCACGCAGACUGGGCGCAGAGAGCAGUUCCAACAGCAACUACAACAACAGAAGUCGCAACAAUCGCUUUAUGGCACGCUGCCGCGCUCCAUGCCAGCCGCCGCACUGCAGCGCAACAGCAGCGCCGGCAACAACAAAAACAAUCGGGAUUUGAACGGCAUUACCGCAUCCGGUGUCAUUAACACGAUUUCGGGCAGCCUGCCUUCGGCGACGGCGCUGGCGGCAGCAGACCGCAACGGCAGCCGAAGCAACUCGUCGCUAACAAGCGAUUUGAAUGGCGGUUUCGCCAGCGCCAACGCCACGCACUCGAAAUCGAAUAAAUUAAAUGGCAUUCAACCGCAACAAAUGCAUAAGUCUCGAGAAUUUCUCGUAACGAGGCCGGGCGGCCGGAUGAGUCACUACCAACAACAACGCAUGCGACAAUGCGGCAAUAACAAUGGCCUGCAACAACGCUACGGCAACGGUGGCUAUUUGUGGAUACUGACACCUGUUGCGGCGAGCAUUUCAGUUGCCAUUGUGAUGGCGGCAAUUGCUGGCCCACAAUGGCUUUUCACCGAAGAAAAACUGCCAAAUGCCAACUACAAUGGCACCGCCAAUUUUAAUAUGAUGGACGAUGGCGCCUACAUAACAAAAUACACGAAAUCCAGUCUGUGGAUUUUAUGUACCGCCUUGCAAGGAGUGGACACAUACAACUGCAUAAAAAUCGACUACUUCCCCAAGGAGGGUUACCAGCCUGAUCCGCACGAUUCCACGCCCGCGAUUCCAUACACUGUCACCAAAUCGUGUCCAUUCUUUUUGGCGUCGGGCGUGUUCCUUCUAAUCAGCUUUAUCGUCUUCCUAGUGCCAACCUGUUCGCAUCAGAAUAAUUUAUAUUACUUCAGUGCGGGCAUAAUGUUCAUCGUGUCGGGUUUAUUAAUGCUCAUCGGCCUGAUUGCCUACAUAUCCAUACUAAAGGCGGAAAUCGGUUCGAAGCUGCGUUCGCGCUCCAGCUUGCAGCCACCACUGUUUAAGGUCACCUACGGACAAAGUUUCUUCUUAUUCGUGAUCGGCUUUAUAACCACAGAGUUUGUGGGACUCUUGAACAUAUUUCUCUACAUUAGCUUACAAGAAAUCGGAUACUACAACCAUCUGCCUUGUUUCAACAUCACCAAUCUGCAGGAAAAACUGAAAGAGGGCGAAAUCCCACAAAGCCACACCUACAAAAGCUACAAGCAUUCUACAGCGUCGGCAGCGGUCGCACCCACUGUGCGCAAACCUCAACAAGGCCCACGGCUAGGCACUAAUAGCCAUCAUCAGGUGCACAAUGUGUGUCUGCCGCCGACCACGGCCGAAAUGGAAUUGAAUGGCAAGCAGCUGUUGCAACACACCCACGGUUUUGUGCCGUGUCGCAAGCAUCCGAAUGCAGCGGAAGCGUUCGUCAAUAGUGAUUUGGAACGCAGGUAUUAUUUCGAGAAGUCACAGCAGCCAAAGUGCAAUUUGCAUUCGAAAAACUUUGCCAAAUCUCUUAAUGAACUCUACACUGACUCGGUUGCGGGUCUGCCACCGCCGCCGCCGUCAGCCGUGAAAAUGGGUGGCGUAUCGCAGACCUUGCCUCGUAUGCCGAUGCAGUACACACAAUUUGGCGACUUCACGCAAGAUUAUCCGCUCACCCGCAGCGUCUCGACCACCACAGACAUCUACCCCAGUCACAACUCUCGGCACGCCACACCGCACAUUGAACGCAGAAACCGACGCAACAUGGCGACGAACACACGACCUCUUGACCCAGCAGUGGUGACACUAAGCGAAAGUGAACGCGGCGCUGAAAGCGAAAAUGAAAGGAGUCAACGACGGCGUCGUCAAUUGGCCGACAGCCAGUCCGACAGCUGCUACGAUGAUGAUGAGCCACAGCGACUGUGUGGUUUGAAGCGGGGCAUACGUAAGACUAAAGAUGAACUCUUUCAGGAGUUCUGCAAACGUGCUGGCAUGCGUCCAAAGCCGAAAAACAUUUACUUCAUUGCCAGCGAAGAAGAUACGGCGGCGACAUCUGACGACGAAGCACAACAGCGUCGUCACUACAAAGCCACAAGUCAUUUUGGUAAUGGACAACAUAAUGGAGGUGGCGGUGGACGUCGAGAUUUUGCCAGAAAGAGUUGCCAAGUAGAUGACGAGCGGCAAAAUCCGCGGGAAACAGAUGAGGAUGAUGAAGGCGAGGGUGGAUUUUCGCAGCUACAAGACGAGGAUGAGCACAUUUACGUUAUUCAAGAUAAUCCUCAGUAUGUAACCAACCCAACAUAUCGCAACCUUCGUCGCUCCUCUAUGUUCGUUGAGCCGGCUCAUUUGCGUAAAAUCAACUCCAAUCUUUCAUUGGCCGCAUUAUAUCAGCCCGAAAAGACUGCUCAGAAGAGCUCAUUUGCUGUAGACCGCAGCGACUCCGCAAUGGAAAUCUGGCCUCCACCGCCCAGCUUUAGCAGCGGAGAACCCUAUUUCGCCGCUGCCAAGAGUGCCUACUAUGGUUCGCAAAACCGUCUACACCAGGAUUACCAACCCAACGUCCAAAUAUUUCAGAGUCGCACUUUGCCACGAUCCUUUUUGAAAAGCCACACGAACUCGCAGAACAGCCUUGGCUCAGGUUCGCUACACGCAAGCGCUUCAGCACUACACAACAACUAUAGCAGCAGCCAGAGUCGCUUAACAAACAUGAUGUUACAACAGCAACAUCAACAACAGCAGCAACAACUACUACAGCAAAAUCUUUAUCUGUCACAAUCACAUGCCGCCGGAAUCUACAACUCAGCCUUUGCGUUGCACAAAUCCAGCGAAGACCUUGCUGCGGCGCGCAACAACAGCAACUAUGCCGAACGCCGCCAGCAACGGCCACAGAACAACAGCAACAACAAUGAUGGAAGACUUCAGCAACCAGCAGUACAUUGGCCUGCCGCCAUACCGUCCUCACCAUCCGGCUACGCACCCAACUAUCAGCAAAUCCAACAACUGGGCGCGCCACCGACACGUACGCACCAUGCAACAGCUCCCCACUUGGCACACGCGCUUUUGACACGCUCCUUCAGCAGUAACACCAGCGGCGGCGCCGACAGUGGCAUUGGCAGUGGAGGCGGUAGUGGCAGUGUGGUCAGCGUACCGCCGAAAUUUCAGCGCGCCUACGCUUUCGAUGAGCAGCGUCGAGCCAGCGCUUUAUUGGGCGAAACAUUUGACCCCGAGGAACUUGAGCGUGAAAGACGGCGUUCGCAUGCCAGUGUUUACAGCGGCAUAUCCAUGAUGGCUGGACAAAAUGGCAAUGGUGGCAUCAAUAACAACAACAACAACACUGACCACUAUGACUUGAUUAAUGGCACUGCUGUCUGAGAGGGAGUUCACUGGAAUACCGCUAGCCGGCAGCAAACUGAAAGGACUUUGUUGGAUUGGCUGCCAGCAAAAGCAUCAGUUGAAUGGUAGUAGCCGCAAGCGGCGCUUUGUCGUAUACGGCACAAAGCGGAAAUUGAUGAUUGUCGAUUACCAAAUGGUUGUUACGUCCGCCCCUCGCUAUCACCCCAACAAAACUGACCAAAUCGGUCGGCUUAGUGUAAUUAAAACUGAAACUUAGGAAAACAUUGUUGCACUGCCAGAUUAGUAUAGGAAGCGCAGUCGCGAAGUACCGACAAACGGUGGCGAAAACAUUUGCCAUUUGAAAUUCGGCUUAGGGGACUGUAGAAAAUUUAUGGUUAACAAAAUUUAGUAACUAAGAAACUGCACUGAUUUAAAGGAAUGUAUUGUAAUUUAUAUGUUGCGCACAAAAUUAGAAUAAAAGUACAUGUGAUUACAA